AUGGCGCUGGACGGAUCCAGCAGUUAUGUUGCUCCCAACAACCUGACUGAGCCCGCUGACUCCCUACCCAUCUUCGACGUGCAGCGGGUGCAGCUCCAGUUCCCCAUUGCGGCCGACUUCGUGGCGGCGCAGGUCGCCAACAAUGUGUUGAUUUUGGCUCUCUCGACCAACCGAAUCCUUCGAAUUGACCUUGACUCGCCAGAAGAUAUUGAUGACAUCGAUUUGCCUAAGAAGUCCUCGGAGAUUGGUUUGAUCCGUCGCAUGUUUCUGGAUCCUUCUGCAUCGCAUCUUAUCAUCAGUACUACCCUUGGCGAAAACUAUUACCUCCAUACCCAAUCGCGACAGCCCAAGUCCCUGUCCCGCUUAAAGGGUGUUUCCAUUGAAAGUAUUGCCUGGAACCCUUCGCUACCAACUGCUUCAACCCGCGAGAUUCUCUUAGGUACAACGGAUGGCAAUAUUCAUGAAACUUACAUCGAACCAUCCACAGAGUUCUAUCGGCGCGAGGAAAAAUAUGUUAGUGCUGUUUAUAAGGUGCCAGACGCUUCGCCCGUCAUUGGAAUCAGCGUCGAAGCAGCUUCCUCGAAACCCGACCAGAGGAGGGUGAUCGUGGCAACCUACGGAAACUUGGUUCAUUUCUUAGGUCGGGUCGGGUCUACAAAGCAUGGAAGAGAUGGUGGUGGAUCUAUAUAUGCGGACCUUUUCCAGCGCGAGACGCCCCUGAACCAUGAAAUCCCGCACUCGUCUGCCUCUGCACCAUCAAAAUUGACGGUCUCAUCGUCGCCAACCAAUGCGGCAGACCAAGCCGAUGGAUAUACUGCAAAGGAGUUUGCGUGGCUAAGUUCUCAUGGAAUCUACCAUGGCCAACUUGCAUCUGAUUCACCAUUCGAAAACGCAAAAAUGCUUCCGCGUUCAAAGUUCCCGGCUUCUGAAUCUGCCCGAGGUGGAAGGAAGAUGAUUCAAGAUCCAAUCACGGCGAUGGCCCUGUCUCAGUGGCAUGUUUUGGCGCUUGUUGAAGGACGAGUAGUCGCUGUCAAUCGUCUCAACGAAGAAAUUGUUUACGAGCAAACGGUCUUAGAGCCGCGACAAAGCUCACUAGGUCUUCUGACGGAUCUGACCCAAAACACCUAUUGGCUUUUCACCAGCCAGGAGAUCUAUGAAGUUGUUGCCAACGACGAAGAUAGAGACAUAUGGAAGAUUCUUCUUCGCGAGCAGAAGUUUGAGGAAGCACUUCAGUAUGCUCGCGGCCCUGCCCAGCGCGAUGCUGUCCUGACUGCUUCCGGUGAUUUUCUGGCCAAAGAAGGCCGUUUCUUCGAGGCCGCGAAAGUAUGGGGCAAGAGCAGUAAGGGAUUUGAGGAGGUGUGCUUGACAAUGAUCGAAAAUAAGGAAUAUGAUGCUUUGCGCAAGUAUCUCCUCGCGCAGAUUUCCACAUACAAAAAGGGAUCUAUCAUGCAAAGACUGAUGGUUGCAAGCUGGCUGGUGGAACUCUUCAUGUCCAAGCUGAAUUCCUUGGACGACAACAUCGCAACGAAAGCGGAAUUGACUGAGCAUGCCACCACGGGAGAAAUCAAGGAUGAACUUGGCACCGUUCGACUCGAGUUCCAGGAGUUUGUGACCAAGUAUAAAGCCGAACUGGAUAAGAAAACCGUCUAUGGCAUCAUCAGCAGCCAUGGUCGUGAAGAAGAGUUACUUUUCUUUGCGACCGUUGCCAGUGACUUUAACUACGUUUUGUCUUAUUGGAUCCAGCGAGAGAAAUGGACCGAAGCUCUGAAUGUUUUACAGCGGCAGAGUGAGCCCGACGUAUUCUACAAGUACAGCAGUGUACUUAUGACGCAUGCGGCUACAGGCUUGAUUGAGAUACUGAUGCGACAGACCAAUCUGGACCCCGAGCGGCUUAUCCCUGCGUUGUUAAACUAUAACAAGACCGCCAGUGUCGCUCUGGGUAAUAACCAGGCUGUGCGGUACUUGAACUUCAUCAUUGUCAACCAUCCUAAACCUUCCGCGGCUGUUCAUAAUACGCUCAUCUCUAUCCAUGCCUCUAGUCAGUCUGCUUCAGAGGCUGGGCUGCUUACCUACCUCCAAUCACAACCAUCCUCACCACCUCCAUAUGAUGCAGAUUUUGCUCUCCGACUAUGCAUACAGCAUAAACGAGUGCAGUCAUGCAUUCACAUCUACAGCGCUAUGGGCCAGUAUCUGCAGGCAGUGGAACUUGCCCUGGAGCAUAACGAUAUUGAACUCGCUGCCAUCGUGGCUGACCGCCCCGAAGGCGACGAUAAGCUCCGCAAGAAACUUUGGCUUCUAGUGGCUGAGAAGAAGAUCCGCCAGCCCGGUACCGGCAUUAAAGACGCGAUCGAAUUCCUGCGCCGCUGCGAGCUCCUUCGUAUUGAGGAUCUUAUUCCAUUCUUUCCGGACUUUGUCGUCAUUGAUGACUUCAAAGAUGAAAUCUGCACUGCACUGGAAGAUUAUUCUCGUCUCAUCGAUGCUCUCCGUCAAGAGAUGGAUAACUCGGCCAAUACAGCCCGCCAGAUCCGCAAUGAAAUCGCCAGCUUGGAUACUCGUUACGCUAUUGUUGAACCUGGUGAGAAAUGUUGGAUUUGUUCUUUACCUUUAUUGAGUCGCCAGUUCUUUGUCUUCCCCUGUCAGCAUGCCUUCCACAGUGACUGCCUGGGUAAAGAAGUGUUGGAGGGCGCAGGAGGCAAGAAGAAGUAUAUCCGAGACCUCCAGGCCCAAUUGAGUCAGGGAGACCUUUCCACUUCCCGGCGAGAGGAGAUUGUCAAGGAGCUUGAUGGACUCGUUGCUGAGACUUGUAUUCUCUGCGGCGAUCAUGCCAUCAAGCAGAUUGAUAAGCCCUUCAUAGCUGCCUCCGAAACUGACGAGUGGGCUCUUUAA